AUGCAGUGCGAUGAUUCAGUUCGAUUCAGUAUUGUUCAGUAUCGUGUGUGAUGUAGCUGUGUAACGGUCGUGGAUACGUUUCUUUCCGUAAUCAUUUCGAAAAUGAUUAGUAUCUCGAUGAUCCUGAAGUGAUUCAGUGCCGAAAUAUUCCGGGCCCGUUUCCGCGGCUGAUUCACAAUGAUCGAAUUAAAAGGGAACCUCGUCGAUCGUGAUCACUGGUAUUAAGGUGGAACUGAAGAAUUGUAAAAUGGCUACAAAAACUGAAGACACAACGUCCAUUGAUAAUACCAAUGAUGGAGGGAGCAUGGACAAGGAGGUAUUAGCUAUUAGUGGAACCGAUGAAACUGGUCAUCGUAUUCCACCUACGUAUUUAUAUAAUCCAAGUUCAGAUCCGAAUACAGGAAUAUCCAAUCAAGAGCAGGGUAACAGAAGUCGCAAUCAAGCCACAGAAGACCAAUUAGGACCAUUGCCACCAAACUGGGAAAAGGCUUAUACCGAUACAGGAGAAGUUUAUUUCAUAGACCAUAACACAGGUACUUCACACUGGCUGGACCCACGGUUAUCCAAAUUUCAAAAGAGAUCUUUGGAAGAAUGUUUAGACGAUGAAUUACCGUAUGGUUGGGAGAAAAUAGAUGACACACUUUAUGGAACAUACUUCAUUGAUCAUGUAAAUCGUCGAACUCAGUAUGAAAAUCCAGUAUUGCAAGCAAAGAGGGCCCAACAAAGUUUAGGAGAAAGAAAAAGUCCCAAUUUCACUAGGAAUCCUGAAAAACUGAAGGGCCAGAGGAUAAGAACAACAUUAAUAAAGAGUUCAAGGGGGCUAGGCUUUACUAUUGUUGGUGGGGAUGAUUCGGUAGAAGAAUUUUUACAAAUAAAGAGUGUUGUACCAAAUGGUCCUGCAUGGUUGGAUGGAAAAUUACAAACUGGAGAUGUUUUGGUAUACGUUAACGACACGUGCGUCUUGGGAUUUACUCAUAAUGAAAUGGUGAACGUUUUUAAAUCUAUUGGUAGCGGUGAGACUGUUACACUGGAAGUGUGCCGGGGUUAUCCGUUGCCAUUCGAUCCGAACGAUCCUAACACGGAAGUCGUUACCACUAUCGCCGUUAACGCACCAGAUAUUUUGACAGAAGAUCCCAGGAUGUACAUGGAUUUGGAUCCAACCUUGCAAAGCAACGGGCGUUUCAAUUUCUUGGACUCCACGUUUUUACCAGUACAUAGUCUCCAAAAUGGUGAAAACCUUGCCACUACCUCGGUCAAUUCAAUGCCAGAUUUGUGCAUCUCGGAUAAGAUUAAUACAAUUAAACGACCCAGCAGCACUGAUAUUCUUCUGUCAGAGAGCAAUGACAUGAACGAUUGCAAGGACUCACCGUUGUCUUCCAAACCUGAAUUUCUUAGUAUUGCAAUUGUGAAGGGAACUAUGGGAUUCGGGUUUACAAUAGCGGAUUCUGCACACGGUCAGAAGGUGAAGAAGAUCUUGGACCGGCAGCGAUGCAAGAAUUUAAUUGAGGGCGACAUUCUAGUUAAUAUAAACGACAUCAAUGUGAGAAAUAUGUGCCACUCCGAGGUGGUGCAGGUGCUGAAAGAUUGUCCUCGCAAUGAAGAAGCGCUGAUCCAUGUACAAAGAACGACAUCAAAGUCGAACGAAAAGAAGGAGAAGAACUCGCAGGACUUUUUUCGAAGUAAAACACCGACCGCUGAUAUCUACAGCACUCAAACGAAAACUGUUGUGCCGAGCCGACCAAAAACACCGUUGAUAGAUACCAGAAAUCGCCCUAAAUCUCCAACGAAUACAAUUAGACCUAAUUGGAACGAGCAAAGCGAAAACGAGCUAAAUCCGUUAGAUAACCGAUACAAGUACGGCGAAUAUACUCACGGCAUGUACUAUACUGACCCGUACAAAGCCAACAUAACGAACCUGACCGAUAACUUCGCUACAAUGACUAACCUUGACGACGAUUCGAUGCGAAACACGGCGAAAAGAGAUUGGGUCACAAAUGACAAAUUAAACAUAAACAAUGAUGUGUAUUCCAUCGACAUACCUCAUCAUGAUAACAUGCUGAAACAAAACGGAUGCUUGCACUCGGAUUACUAUAAAGAGCUAUAUACAUCGCAAUCCCAUUCGCAGUACAGCGAACAAGAUUACAAUGUGUACUCUAUUGGUCAGGAGCAAAAUGUUGAUACUGGUGAGAUAUGGGAUAAGCGUAAGGAAACUACGAGUUUUGAACAUGAACAACCACAUUCCAGUUCUAUACCACGAUAUCCUCAAUAUACCAACGAAUUAGUAUGCCCCAUUGUGCCUGACAUAGAAUGGAUAGAAACGUUGGUAACAUUAGUAAGACAAGACACAGGAUUCGGAUUUAGAAUAGUGGGCGGCACCGAGGAAGGAUCUCAACAGGUCUCUGUUGGACAUAUUGUACCUGGCGGAGCAGCUGAUCUAGAUAACAGACUGAAUACAGGUGAUCUGAUCAUGUCCGUCGAUGGUGAGAGUGUUUUAAACUCGUCGCACCACCACGUUGUUCAAUUGAUGAUCGCAGCAGCUCAGAAUGGCAGGGUUACUUUAGGAAUACGUCGUAGGAUUAACACUCAAGAACAUCUUCCAGAGAAUCUACAGGCUCCGUACAAUAGGCAAAUGAAUCAUCAGUAUCCUUACGAUGUGACGGUCACUAGAAUGGAAAAUGAAGGUUUUGGUUUCGUGAUUAUUUCCUCGGUGAACAAGGCUGGUUCGACGAUUGGUAGGAUAAUCGAAGGUUCACCUGCUGAAAGAUGCGGCCGAUUGAAUGUCGGAGACCAUAUUCUUGCCGUUAAUCAUGUAGAUAUCACGAACGUCUGCCACAAGGAUAUCGUGAAUUUAAUUAAGGACUCUGGUUACUCGGUUACUUUGACGAUCGGUUACCCUCUUGAUGAUUGUUGCAGUAACACAUCUCUGUCACAGAAGGAUGAACCAACAUGUGACGGAGAUGGAGGUCAAUAUCAUGCAGUCGAAUUAACGCGUGGAACUCGAGGAUUUGGUUUUAGUAUUCGCGGCGGACGUGAAUUUCAAAAUAUGCCCCUGUUUGUGUUGCAAAUUGCUGAGAACGGUCCCGCGUCUAUUGAUAAUCGAUUGAGAGUCGGCGACCAGAUAAUCGAGAUAAACGGAAUUAACACUAAAAACAUGACUCACACGGAGGCAAUCGAAAUUAUACGAAACGGUGGACCUUCCGUUCGACUUUUGGUUCGACGUGGUUGUCAGAUGCCUUCAGUGGUAGGUGCACUUCCACACCUCUACGAUAUGAAUAUAUGAGAUUAACCAUUUUUUUUAGUAACACACCGCCAUUAAUCCUUGCAAGUGACGAUUACUAAUGCUAACGUUGCCUCCGUAUAACUUUUACCCUCCGAAUAAUUUCUUUUUCGACUCGAUGCUUCUGAGUUUAACAAUUAGGUAUCGCGUAGUACGAAAGAAAUGAAACAAUUUUUAAAGACAAUACCAGAGAAAGGAAAAAAAUGAUUUCCAAGAGGUUGUUUUAUUGCAGCAAGAGUUAGAUUAAUACUGUUACGCAGUACUAAGAGAAUCGGUACAGAACUGUCUGGUGCAAAAUGGGAAACAAUGUGUUAUAUUGUAUAAUAUUUUAUGGAGUUGGUUAUACAUAUAUGUAGGUAUGUAGUAAGAUUCAAUACUUUUUUUAUAUAUACGACACAUGGGAAUCAUGUGCUUAAAUGUAUUCACAUGUCGUUCGAGCUUUUUAAUAUUUGAUACGUAUAAUAAUAAUUAUUAUUAUUUUACAUGAGCUUCGAAUUCUAUAUGUAUUACAGUUUAGUAAUAUAACCGAGGACAUGGUUGUUGAUUCUCAAUGAAACACUAUACUGAUAGUAUUAAUACUAAUUUAUAGUAAGAGAUCAUCUUUUUUACGAACUUUCAGUUGAAGGAAAGAAUGCGUGAAUAUCUUUUUCCUUGCAGCUGCGAUUGUGACUCGUAAAAUGCCCGAUAUCUAGGGACGAUACUUGCUCACUCUAACCAAGAUUGGACUGGUGCUAACUCUGUAUUUAAACAAAUCUAAUUACCGAGAGGACGAGAAAUAUUAAUUCAUCCUAACACGUGUGAUAGCUUGAGAGUAUUGUGCCUUGCGCGUGUUCCAAAUAUUUAAUAACAAAACAAAAAUUUACUAAGUAAAACGCUUAAGCUUGUGAAGCGAUUGUAAAACGUUUAUUGAAUUUAUAUUCGUUGUAGAGUAAUCUCACAAUCGACCAAUUAAGUAUUCGACCGAUUGAUGAGGGCACCCCGCGCAGGCAUUUAUUGAAAUUACCCGAGAUGGGUGUGCACCCCAAAAAACGUCAGAAAGUUCGAUUUUUUGUUUUCUUAAACUGCUGUUCAUCCAAAAAUCGAUAUUUAUGAUAAGAGUCUUUUACCGUUAAAGCGAUUCUGCACUUUUGAGUCCUGACUAUAUUAUUAAUUCGAUAAGAUAAUACUUUAUAAUUUUAAAUGUUAACUUCUGAGAAGAGAAUCUUGAGAAUCUUUUUUUUACUGCGUAUUGAGUGAAUACUGCACUUUUUAUGCACUACUUCGUACUAGAAUUGAUUGUACAAGAUUAUAUACAAUUGUAAAAAGAGGCGAGACAUGAAUCUCGGUAGAGUAUGAUCUAUUUGCAUCUGCAAAUAGUGUUGAUACUCGGAUAAACCAUGAAAAACUAUUUUAGUAUUUAUACAUAUAGAAAAAUAAUUGUGCACUGAGAUAUAACUUCAUAAAUAAGAGAAAUUGUAGACUGGACAAAAGUUAACUACAUUUGACAUUCUCAGAAUCUCUUUUUGGUUGAUCGUAUACACUCGAACAUUCAUCCUAUAACAUUAUUGUGGCCUUGAUCAUCGAUUCAUUCAUUUUUCUUAGCACGAAUAUUAUACAGAUCUUGUAGAGUUUAAUUAAUUACCUUUUGACUGUUCUGUCUCAAAACAAGUGCAGCAUUUGAAAAAAAAAAGAAAAGAAGAUAUUGUCGAUACUGUUUUUGUUCUUAAGUAUUUAUUAUAAUUGUACGAAGUAAGUACAUCUAGCAAUAAUUAAAUUAAGUGCUGAUACAACCAAAGAAGCAGAUGCACUUAGAGGUGCAGAGGAUCAACGCGAUGGCGAACUGCAUUUACUGUUUACAAAAAUUUCUUUUAAAAUGUUCUCAUUCUUACUACACUGCGGAAGUUUAUGCAAAUCUAACUUUUCGUGGAUAAACUCAAAGAGACUGAAAUUCCAUAGAAUUGUAUUAUCUUCGUAAAAUGUUGUAAUACAUUAUGAAUAAUAUGAAACGAUAUUAACUUCUAUUAGAAUCUCAUUUCAUAUAGUUAGUAAAUAUUAAAUAAGAAAAUUAUGUAAUUCUUUCUAAAUUUUUCGUAUGUAAUAAGUGCAUAAAGUUCCGAAGUCUAUUGAUUACCCGGUAAUGUCUGUAAUAACAAGAUCAGGCAAAAAGUUUUCUUGUUAAAACAACCUCUUCCUGUCUUUUUGCGACACUUAGGCACGUUAACUAUGUAAAAACUAAUAAAUCUAUUUUUUUACUAGUAAGUUCAUAACGACUAGGUCGAGAAUGUUCGGUAAACGAAUCAAAUAAGAACGAAUUAAGCUAUAUUUUUAAACCUAAUUCUUGUAAA